UCUCCCUGCAAAAAAAGCAAAGGCGAUUAAAGGCACUGCCAGCCUCCCGCUCUGGGCACAGCUGAGCGUGACACUCGGGGAAGUCAAACCCCUCACCACUGCUUAGGAAGAUGGCUAGACUUUAAAGACUAUUUUUUUCCCUUUAAGAAAAAAAAUUGUCGGAGCAUUUUUCUUUUUCUUUUUUUAAACCUCUUGCCUCCUCUCUCUCUCUCUCUCUUUUAUUAACCUUUUUGGCCGUGGCUUACUCCCCAUUUUCAAUCAAAUCAUUGAAUCUGGUUGCAGAAAGGAGGAGAAAAAAAAAAAAAAACGUAGCCAAGUGUCUCCAUAUCUGGAUGUCUACAGAUUAGAGAGGCAGAGACAGCGAGAUAUAUAGCCUGCGCCGCCUGGUGCCAUCGCCCGGGCUUCGGCGGCCUCCUUCCUCUGCGCAGCCCCGCGGGCCGCUGGCAAAGUGGGGUGCGGAGCGCGGCGCGGGGGGCGGGGGCCGGCGAGGUGGCCGGGGCGGCGGGGCGGCCGAGCAUGGAAGAACAGCAGCCGGAGUCUAAGAGUCAGCGCGACUCCGGCCUCGGCGCGGCGGCGGGGGCGGCGGCCCCAGGCGGCCUGGGCUUGAGCCUGAGCCCCGGAGCCGGCGGCAGCAGCGGCAGCGAUGGAGACAGCGUGCCGGUGUCCCCGCAGCCCGCGACCCCCUCGCCGCCCGCGGCGCCUUGUCUGCCGCCCCUGGCCCACCACCCGCACCUCCCCCCACACCCCCCGCCCCCGCCGCCGCCGCCACAGCACCUCGCGGCUCCUGCUCACCAGCCGCAGCCCGCGGCCCAGCUGCACCGCACCACCAACUUCUUCAUCGACAACAUCCUGAGGCCGGACUUCGGCUGCAAGAAGGAGCCGCCGCCGCAGCUGCUGGUGGCCGCGGUGGCAGCCGGAGGCGCGGGAGGAGGCCGGCUGGAGCGCGAGAGGGGCCAGACCGGCGCGGGGAGGGACACGGUCCACCCGCUGGGCACGCGGGCGUCUGGCGCCGCCGCGCUGCUGUGCGCCCCGGACGCGAACUGUGGCCCCCCUGACGGCUCCCCGCCCGCGGCCGCCGGGGCAUCCAAAGCCGGCAGCCCAGCAGCGGCGGCGGCGGCAGCGGCCAAGCCCUCGGAUGGUGGAGGCGGAGGCGGCGGAGGCGGUGGAGGCGGAGGCGGCGUGGGGAGCCCGGGUGCGCCGGGUGCCAAGUACCCCGAGCACGGCAACCCUGCCAUCCUGCUCAUGGGCUCAGCCAACGGAGGCCCGGUGGUCAAGACUGACUCGCAGCAGCCUCUGGUGUGGCCCGCCUGGGUCUACUGCACUCGCUACUCGGAUCGCCCGUCCUCGGGUCCGCGCACCAGGAAGUUGAAGAAGAAGAAGAACGAGAAGGAGGACAAGCGGCCGCGGACGGCGUUCACCGCCGAGCAGCUGCAGAGACUGAAGGCGGAGUUCCAGGCCAACCGCUACAUCACCGAGCAGCGGCGGCAGACCCUGGCGCAGGAGCUCAGCCUCAACGAGUCCCAGAUCAAGAUCUGGUUUCAGAACAAGCGCGCCAAGAUCAAGAAAGCCACCGGAAUCAAGAACGGCUUGGCGCUGCACCUCAUGGCGCAGGGACUGUACAACCACUCCACCACCACCGUCCAGGACAAAGACGAGAGCGAGUAGCCAGCCGCCGGCCGGCCGGGCGGGGCGCGCAGUCUGGUCGCCCGCCCGCGCCCCCUCCAGGGUCCGCAGGCCCCGCAGGCCCCGCAGGCUCCUCCGGGGAGAGACCAGCGCACAGAAAGGAGGGGGCGACGGAGAACCCAGAGAGAGAAAGAGAGAUGGAGAGCGAUAGGGAGAGGGAGAGAGAGAGAGAGAGAGAGAGAACGACUUCCCCAGAAUGGAGAGUCCCAUUCGAACGAAAAGCGUUUUUUCUUUCCUUCCUUCUUUAUUUCUUCUUUUUUUUUUUUUAAAGGGAGAAAGACUUGGACAGGUGCUAUCGAAAAAAAAAUCAGAUCUGUUCUCUCUUCACAGUAUAAGGGACAAAACUGCGAACUCCUUAAAGCUGUUAUCUAGCCAAACCGAUUACGACCUUGUAUAUAUUUAAUUUCAGGUAAGGAAAAAAAUAUGUGUAGCGAUCUCUAUUUGCUGGACUUUUGAUUAACCACCUUUAUUAUUAUUGUUAUUAUUAUUGUUAUUAUUAUAAUUAUUUUAUCCCCACCUCUGCCCCGCCGCCCCUAGCCCACUUUCGUUUUCGUCGCCUUUUCCUUUUGAAUGUUACCGCUUCUCCAGUGCCUCCCGCCCCGCAUCCUCGUUUCUCUGGGACUUUUCUUUGUGUGUGCGUGAGUCUGUUUCCUCGCGUGUCCGCCCUCCGCCUCACGCCCACCUCCCCAGCCCCUUCUGUCGGUCUGUCUGUCCUGUUCCCCCUUUGAGUUUUUUUUUUUUUCGGAGACUUGUUGAGAAAUACGACCCCCCUCCCCAACAGACUGCGAGACUGAACCGCCGCCGCUACAAGCCAAAGAUUUUAUUAUGUUCAGAAACCUGUAGUCUGAAAUAAAGUGUACACUGUGCUCACGA